GUAGACUGAAUGAGGAUAAUGAUGAAGAGACGAUACCUUCACAUCAACCUGAACCCUGUCAUGAGAAAGAUGUAGAGGAGCGAGGUGAAACAGCACCGAGCCCUGUGGUUGGGAGACAUUCUACUGGAAGCAAGAAAGCCACUUCUUGUCCUGAUCAGUCUGACCUCAUUGUUGUCACUCAGCUGCUAAGUGCAGACUCUCAAGGGGAUCCAGAAUAUGUUCCCUCAAAAUUAUCACAAGCCUUGGAGUAUGAGGAUGUGGAUUUUGAAGUUCCAAAACGUAAAACUAGGCGGUCAGCUCGAAAACGGAUGCCCAGUCAAGAGGUGAUACCAUCAAAAAAGGGAAAAAGAAAGAAAAAGGAGUGAAUCUUUAAAUUUUGAGAAAAAAAAUAUAAUUGUGGUAGUGCCUUAUUAAAAUGAA